CUUUCCUUGGCGAUUAAACUCAGCCUGUCAACACACUAAUGACCGCCGCGAUACUUUUGUUUUUUUAUAUUUUUAUUUUUUGAAGCAAAGCUCUGAUGGACGACUAUGAGGUGGUGCGUCCAAUCGGGGAGGGUGCGUUCGGAAAGGCCUUCUUGGUGCGAGCCAAGGCCGUCCGUGAUGACUACGAUGGCGCGCUGUGUGUGGUCAAAAUGAUCAACCUCGCAAAGAUGUCAAGCAGGGAGAAGGAAGCGGCAAGGAAGGAGGUGGUGCUCUUGUCCAACAUGGAACAUCCCAACAUUGUCGCCUUCAUCCGCUCCUUCCAAGACAGGGGCAGCGUGUGCAUCGUGAUGGAGUACUGCGACGGAGGAGAUUUGAUGAUGAAGAUUAACAUGCAGAGAGGAGUCUUCUUUACUGAGCAGCAGAUCCUGGCCUGGUUUGUUCAGAUCUGCCUGGGCCUCAAAUACAUCCAUGACAAGAAGAUCCUCCACAGAGACAUUAAAAGUCAGAACAUUUUCCUGACAGAGCGAGGCGUCAAAGUCAAGCUGGGUGACUUUGGCAUCGCCAGGAUGUUGACUCACACUCUGGAGCUGGCCAGGACCUGUGUGGGGACCCCUCUGUACCUAUCGCCGGAGAUCUGCGAGAGUCGACCUUACAACAACAAAACUGACAUCUGGUCCCUCGGCUGCGUCCUCUAUGAACUCUGCACUCUGAGACAUCCAUUUGAGGGCAGCAGCCUGAGUCAGUUGGUCAGUAAGAUCUGCAGAGGGCGCUACAACCCCGUGUCCGUGCGUUACUCCUAUGACCUUCGCCUGCUCAUCACGCAACUCUUCAAGGUGAACCCUCACGAUCGUCCCUCCGUCACCUCCGUCCUCCAGCGUCCUUUCCUCAACAAACAUACUCAGGAGAUUAGUCACAAUAACUACACACCAACCACCAACGCCUGUAAAACAACACCAGACAAGAAGAAGAAGUGCGAAGCGGCAGUGAAGAAAAUUGCUGUCAAGCCAGAAUGGAGAGUGUGCAGCCCUGCUAACUACACGCACCACAGAGCAGGACAACUUCCUCAGCCUGCAGCAGGAGACGCCACGGGGGAUCACCACCAAAAGAUUGGACAGUACCAGCAAUACUUUGUCCAAUUGGACGCCUUCCACAGGGAAGACGUCUCUCCUCCUCCAGCACAACCUCUUCAUCAUCCUCUUCCUCCCUGUGAGCCGUGUGAAGACUAUGUCGCUCCUCCAGUUGAACCUUACCAGCUGGUGGCAGCAGCUCGUGAAGAGUACCUUCAGAGGAGGCAGGAGGCCAGCCAGUACAAGUUGAGGGCAGAGAAACAGUUGGGUCUGCGUCCGAGCACGGCGGAGGGCUGCAGGCCAGCUGGGACAUGGGAAGGCGACAUGCGACCCUGUGAACCCCAGCAUGCACCUCCAGGCACGAAGCAGGACAGCCAGCAGGAGUACCUGAGGCAGCUGGAUGUCAUCAGACAACAAUAUCAUCAGGAGAUGAAACAGAUGAGGUUAAGAGCUGUGGCAGAGCAGCCACACAAAUAUGACAUGUUUGUCCUGGACAAAGAAGCAGAACCUUCUACUACACACACCAAAGAACAACACCAAGUUCAAUCUGGGCAGGACAUGGAAGUGGCUUUGAGGAAGAUUAGGGAGGAGAACCGAAAACAGAGGAGAGACCUGAAGAAUAAACACAAGAACCAGAAGGGAAUCAUGUUUGAGAUUUGUCUGGAUGAUGUGAGGGACACCUCGGAGGAGGACGACGACGAGAAGAAGCCGGAGGAGAAAAGCCGACUGGAACUGGACCGUCAGAACCAGAUGGUCCACUCACAGGAGGGUGAGGGAACCAAGCUCGGUGAUUGGGUCAAGCCGAGGAGGGUAUGGAGCCAGGGACCACCAGAGACACUGAUGGAGGCUCUGGUGCGCAUGGACUCCCACGCAACGCUGGAGGUUAAGCCAGGUGAGGAGGAGAAGGCGGAGGAGGAAGGUCGUCGGCAGUGGCUCUCGGGACCACCCAAGUCCUUACUGGAUGCCCUUGCCAAGGCCAAGCUCAUGUCGUCGACUGUGGACUUUCAGAGCGCAGCCCCUGAAGGGAAAGAUGAGGAGGAAGGCUCAGACAUGGAGAUGGACCAAGAGGUGCUGGAGCCCAGGUCGGACGACGACACGAACUUUGAGGAGUCGGACGACGAAGUGAGGGAGGCGCUGUCCGACUCCAUGGGGAACUUGUUUGUUGCCGAGAACGCCGCAACCGCUGACACGGAGACGGAAGUUCCCGAUGGAGCGGUGGCGGUGGAAGGGGACGCUCCAGGAGAAUCCCCAGCAUGAGAUCACAACAGACUCAUGAUUCAUUUUAGUCUCAGUCUUUAUUUGGACAACAAGCAGCAUUCGAUUUGAGUUAGCGGACAAAUUAUAGAAAAAACGAUCCAAGGUGGGCUCCUCACUGCCAUUAAAAUAUUUGCAGUUAAUAGAGCUCACAGUUGUUUUUUUUGGGUAGACGUCAUUUCCUGUGUGUCUUCUGAAAAUUGGCGGAUGUCAAUUAAAACUGACGUGCAACCUGAAGACUGUGCGGUUGCCCCACCAGUACUGUCGUGUGCAAUAAUACAAGAAGAGUAACAAUGUGGCAAUAAUUUGAAACACUAACCCUGGUUAAAAUCUCUCAUUUGAAAUAUCAAUUUGAAAUCCUAAACCAAGACCAAAAGCUGAAUUUGAAACCCAACCCUGGCUUGAAAACCCAACCUUUGCCUGAAACCCCAAUCUGAAACCCGACCCCUUGUCUGUAAUCAGAACCCUGGAUUGAAACCUUAUUUAGAAACUCUAACCAUGGCUUGAGACCCAAAUUUGAAACCUUUUAUCUGAAACCGUAUCUUUGAUUUAGGAAACUUAUUUGAAACACUAACCCAAUCUUAAAACCCCAAUUUGAAACCCUAAACCUUCUCUGAAACCACAAAACUGAAUUGAAACAUAAUUUUGAAACCCAGAGAUUUGUCUGUACCCCUGUUUUAGAGCACUAAUCUGAAACUGUACCCAAGACCUUGUGGAACUUGUCCAAAUCCUUCGAUAUCAGCCCCGCAACAGUAAAUAUUCGUCGAUAUCAUUUUUCUGACCGAUUGUCUUCGUGUGGAAACUAAAUAAAACAUGUGCUUUGACUGUGAAAAACAAUGAUCAACAUUUUUGCUGAUUUUCUGACUGAUGUUACAGACCAAACCAGUAUAUACAUAUAUUUGUACGCUAAUGUCCUGUUUUUGAACACACAAGAUAGAAAUCAAAAAAUACUUCAUCCAAAUUCUUGAUUAAUCGAAAAAAUAAUUGCCAGAUUAAUUGAUUGUUAAAAUAAUGGUUAGUUGCAGCCCUACAACGUUGACAUUUGGAAAAACUUUUGUCUGAAACCCUAAUUUGAGACAUUAACCAUUGUUUUCAUCCCUAAUCGGUUUUGAAACCCUAAUGUAAAACCCCAACCCUAAUUUGGAACCUUCAUCCUUGUUUGAAACCGUACUUUGAAACUAGUUUUGAAAUCCUAACCUUGAUUUGAAACCCUAAUUUGAGGCCCUAACCCUUAUUUGAAACACUAACCAUGGUAGAACCCCUAAUUUAAAACUGUUUUCAAUCCUAAUCCUGUUUUGAAACCCUCAUUUUACACCAUGUUUUGAGACCCUAAUUAGAAACCCUAAUCCUUGUUUAACCUUAAUCCUAAUUUGACACCCUAACCCUGAUUUGAAACCCAAAUUUGUAACCCCAACCCUUCUUUGAAACCCUAACCCCGUUUUAAAUCUUCUCCGCCUCAUCCAUCAACCUUCUCUUUGGUCUUCCUCUCGCUCUCUUGCCUGGCAGCUCCAUCCUCAUCAUCCUUCUACCAAUAUACUCACUAUUUCCCCUCUAGACGUGUCCAAACCAUCCAGGUCUUUGCCUCCAAAACGUCUAACCUUGGCUGCCCCUCUGAUGAGCGCGUUUCGAAUUUGAUCCAACCUGCUCACUCCGAGAGCGAACCUCAACGUCUUCAUUUCCGCCGCCUCCAGCUCUGCUUCCUGUUGUCUCUUCGGUGCCACCGUCUCUAAUCCGUACAUCAUGGCUGGCCUCACCACUGUCUUAUAAACUUUGCCCUUCAUCCGAGCAGAGACUCUUCUGUCACAUAACACACCUGACACCUUCCUCCACCCGUUCCAACCUGCUUGGACCCCUUUCUUCACUACCUUACCACACUCACCAUUGCUCUGGAUUGUUGACCCCACGUAUUUAAUGUCCUCCACCCUUGCUAUCUCUUCUCCCCUCUCAUUCAUGCACAUAUAUUCUGUCAUACUUCAUUCCUCUCCUUUCCAGUGCAUGCCUCCAUCUUUCUAACUGUUCCCCCACCUGCUCCCUGCUUUCACUGCAGAUCACAAUGUCAUCUGCAAACAUCACGGUCCACGGGGAUUCCAGUCUAACCUCAUCUGUCAGCCUAUUUAUCACCACUGCAAACAGCAAAGGGCUUGGGGCCGAUCCCUGAUGGAGACCCACCUCCACUUUAAAUUCCUCUGUCACACCUACAGCACACCUCACCACGGUUCUGCCGCCCUCGUACAUGUCCUGUAUUAUUCUAACGUACUCCUCUGCCACUCCACACUUCCGAAUCAUUGCCACUUCCUGGUCCACCACACUUACUCUCCCUUCUCUCUCAUUUUCCUCAUUCAUCAACUCCUCAAAGUAUUCUUUCCAUCUAUCCAGCACACUACUGGCACCAGUCAACACAUUCCCAUCUCUAUCCUUAACCACCCUAACCCUUGUUUCAAACCCUAAAUCAGACUUGAAACCCUAACUCGUAACCUAACCGAUGAAUGAUGACAACACUUGAGUCACUUUUGUCAUCACGAGCUUUGACUCGUCUGUGAGUUUCUUUUUGGUAACGCGAGUGCACUCAUAAGGGUCAUUUUCAUAUGAUUUGAUCAAUAAUGGUAAAGACAUGGCCCACUGAAUUUCCUUUUGAAAAUCAAUUAAUUUUACGGAUGUGCAUUUGAAUGAUUGGCAGUUGUUAUCAUUCAAAUGGUAAUCAUUGUUUCUGAGAAACUUAUUCUCAAGAAAUAUUUUUCAAACUUUUAAGGUCAAAGUGUCUUUUCCGUUAGGUGUCCCAAAUGAAGUUUCAUGAUUUGCAACACGUUAUUUGAAGAUGUUCAUUUUUGUCUUUACUGUUAUUGAUCAAAUUACCUAUAUGAAAUGACCCAUGUAUCAAAAACGGCAUUUUUCGGACUGAAAUGUGCUAGAA